AUGUAUAGUUUUGUGACAAGUGAGCUCACCAUGAUGUUAGUUUAUGGCGUUCCGAGUUCUCUGAAAAAUGCAGAUUUGGAUUCAAGUCUUAAUUGGACCGAGUGUAUCCAAUCAUGCUACAAUUCCCAGCCUUGUGUUAUAGCAUGGCAAGUAUCUGGAUCGUGUGCCACUUAUGAAUAUAGUGUUAUGGGUUCAGUUACAAAAACUGAUUCAUCAAAUGGAUCGAUAGUUGCAUUUAAAGUUGAAACAACAGAUGGCGAAUGCCCAAUCGGAAGCAAUCCACCGACGUUCAACAAUCAAAAUGCAACGGGAUAUUACGAUGAUAAGAACACUUCGGGAGGCUAUAGUUAUGACAAUUCAGUAGAGUACUGUAAUGAUUUGUCGACUCGUCCAACUGGUGUUUGGUAUCCAGAAGAUGCAGCUUAUUUUCCAAAGUUAGCACAGAUGAUGCUGUCGUAUUUGGCUUUUAAUAACACGUACAUUCGAAUAGAUGGAAUUCGAACAACUGCAUGCCAAUCAACUCCUUCCACUGCAGAAUGUAUGUCUGUCAAGGGAUUUAAUUUUACCGGUCCUCCAGUUGAGAAUUUCGAUUAUUACGACUGGGUCACUGAUUCUUCCGCUCAAGAAACACUGGAUGACAACUGCAUUGUUAUGGUUGUAAAUGGUUCGAACCCUCUCAAAAUGGACGUUCGAAGGUAG